AACCAUGGCCUACAAGCUGGCGAUGCUCCUGGGCCUGACCGCCCUCCUGACGGUUCUGAUGGUGGACCCGGCAGACUCGGCCUGCUGCCGCGCUACUAAGAGGAAGUGCAGCGGCUGGUUUUGGAACCACCGGUGCACCGGUCGCUGUUACGAUGGGACUCAGGGAACGCCCUACUGUGGAUACGGGCCCUGCAACUGGUUCGGGUGUAACUGCCGUGGGGGCUGCAGGCACAGCAAGAGGGAUGUGGCGGAGGAAGCCCUCGGCCUCCUGGAGCUGCUGCGCGGGGAACAGGAGGACAUCGCUCCGGAAGAGGGCGCCAUGGAUGGCCGCGAGUUCGCGGACACCGCCUCGGAGGAGAGCGCCCUGGCCGGCCGCGGGUUUGGCGACCACGACACGGACCAGGACAUGAAGCUGUCCAAGCAGGAGGCUCUGGGGAUGCUGGAGGCUCUGGGGGAAGUGGACGUCGCCAAUCUGCCCGCUGAUUGGUUCGAAUCCAUGGACACCAACGGCAACGGGUUCAUCGACCCUGAGGAGUAUGACGAGGACGAGGCCAAAACCCAUCAGUAAGAGCGGAGGACCCCGGAAUGACGAUGGUCCCACCGCGUCCUGGACUUCCAGCCGGGACUGCAGAUCAGCCGCAUAGAGUUUAGCUGCUUUUGCCUCAUUUAACCAUGACAAGGCUCGUGAGGGGAUAUCAGAGGUCAACAUUUCAGGUGGUAAAAGAAAAAAAAAACAGCAUCCUCGUAUCUUUUCAAGGAUUGCUCUCUGAUACCCCACUCACAGCCUGUACCAUAGAUAACAGGGUUCCUACAUCAACUAUAUCUAAAAUUUCACGUCUUUAGAUGGUAAAACUUUAACCUGAUUAAAUUGCAAGUGUUUCCUUUUUAUUUAGUCAUUACAACUUCUUUAAAUUAUACCAACGGAAAAGUUUUUAAUACCCCACCGUUUGCUAUAACCGAAGGAACCCAGAGAUCAGCUCUUGCCGCUCUAUGUAACCAAGUUUUAUGGCAAUAAAACAUACAUGAUGAGAAA